AUUAUUUUAAGAUAAAUUAAGAUAUUCUUUUAAAUAUUAUAUCAUUAUAUUAUUAUAUUUAAAAUGUCAUGGAUAAGAGAUAAUACUUCAAAUUGGUUUCUACGUUUGGCUGUAAAAAUUUUAAAAGCUGGAUAUAUUCCUAAACAUGUAGCAUUUAUAAUGGAUGGUAAUAGACGUUAUGCAAGUAAAAAUGGAAUAGAAAAAAUAGAGGGGCAUACAAAAGGAUUAUUUUUAAGAUUUGAUAAAUUUGCUGAAACUUUACAAUGGUGUAUGGAUUUUGGUAUACAAGAAGUAACAUUUUAUGCAUUUAGUAUUGAAAAUUUUAAAAGAAAACGAGAAGAAGUAAAUGGACUUUUAAAUCUUGCAGAACAAAAAUUCCAAAGAUUAUUAGAUGAAAAGGAUAAAAUAAAAAAACAUGGAUUAUGUGUUCGCAUAAUUGGUAAUUUUUCUCUAUUACCUAAAAAUCUACAAGAAUUAAUAGCAGAAACUAUGAUUAUUACUAAAGAACAUAAAAAAGGAUUUCUUAAUAUUGCAUUUGCAUAUACAUCAAGAGAUGAAAUUACACAUGCUAUUAAGGAUGUAAUUGAAGGUAUUCAAUGUGGUGAUAUUCUUUCUGAAGAUAUUGAUGAAGAACUAGUUUCUAAUUGUUUAUAUACUAAUAAUUCAAAAAAUCCUGACUUAUUAAUUCGUACUUCUGGAGAAGUUAGAUUUAGUGAUUUUCUUAUGUGGCAAAUAUCAAAUACAUGUAUUUAUUUUAGUAAUGUUUUAUGGCCUGAAUUUAAUCUCUGGGAAUUUCUUAAUGCAAUAUUUUAUUAUCAAAGAUGUUAUUCUGAUAUACAAAAGAUAAUAAAAAUACAAAAUAUAAAACCAAAAAUACAAAAUAGCAGACAAUUGACAUAUAUAGACAAAUUGCAUCAUAAAAGACAAAUUGCACUUCAAAGAAUAUGUUUGUCAAAUUUUUAAAUAAUAUAUAUUAUAAAAUAAGUUUAAUUAAGAUUAAUUAUAAAUA